AAUAAAUAUGAUGAGCCUAAUAGUCUUUGUUGUCUUGUAGCUUUGAGUGAUUUUGAAGACAGUGAGUUGUAUUUUCUACAAUUACAAAUUGUAGUAAAACUUAAACUGUAUCAAGUUGUAGCAUUUUCUUCUCGUCUUUUGCUUCAUG